CGGAAAUUAUCUAUACAUUUGGCUGGGAAAAUGGCGAACCGAACUGUGAAGGAUGCUAAUAGCAUACACGGGACAAACCCACAGUAUUUAGUUGAGAAAAUUAUACGAACACGCAUAUACGAGUCAAAAUACUGGAAAGAAGAGUGUUUCGGACUGACGGCUGAGCUGGUUGUGGACAAAGCAAUGGAAUUGAAGUAUGUUGGUGGAGUUUAUGGAGGGAAUAUCAAACCCACACCGUUCCUUUGCCUGACUCUGAAGAUGCUACAGAUCCAGCCUGAAAAGGAUAUCAUCGUGGAGUUCAUUAAAAACGAGGAUUUCAAGUAUGUCCGUCUGCUUGGAGCCACGUACAUGAGACUGACUGGCUCUUCAGUGGACUGCUACAAAUACCUUGAGCCACUUUACAAUGAUUACAGAAAAAUCAAAAGCCAGAACAGAAAUGGAGAAUUUGAACUCAUGCAUGUGGAUGAGUUCAUAGAUGAGUUGCUACAUGCAGAGAGAGUGUGUGAUGUUAUCCUGCCCAGGUUACAGAAAAGGCAGGUCUUAGAAGAGGCAGAGCUUCUGGACUCUCGUAUAAGUGCUCUGGAAGAAGACUUGGAUGAGGUGGAAACCAGUGAAGACGAGGAUGAAGAAGAGGAGAAGCCAGAGAGAGGACCAUCUCCAGAGCCACACCGACGGGGUUACCGUGACAAUGACCGGCCGCGCCGCUCCCCCUCACCACGCUACAGACGCAGUCGUUCACCAAGGAGGAGGAGCAGGUCACCAAAAAGACGCAGUCCCUCCCCAAGACGGGAACGCCACCGCAGCAAGAGCCCCCGCAGGCACCGCAGCAGGUCCAGAGAUAGGCGCCACCGCUCCAAGUCCCCAGGUCACCACAGAAGCCACCGGCAUCGCAGUCAUUCCAAGUCCCCAGAAAGAUCAAAGAAGAGUCACAAGAAGAGCCGAAGAGGAAAUGAAUAAUUUUUGUAAAACAUUUUUAUCAAGAUCUAAGGGACUUUACCUUUAUUCUACAGAUUACUCAGACUCUGCAUAUCUCUUAAAGGACAUAUGCAAGAUGUUCAAGUAGCUUUUUUUGGGAAACUUUUUAUUUGUCAUUUUUAGAUCUGUGUGCAUAUGUAAUUAAAUUGGAUGUUUUGGAAGAAGGAUUUUCAAGUCUCUUUUACUAUUCCUAUUUAGAACUUUGCAGUCUUAUUUCCCACCAAUAGAAUUUUACAUUUAUAUGCCAGUCUGCAUAAUUCUGAAUUCUAUUUAAAUAUGAUACCAUUGGAUGUGGUUUGAUUCCAGUCUGUGUUAGCGAAUUAACCUGGGACCAUUGAUGCGAGAGAAUAUUCUUAGUUAAUUUAUGGGUGUUAUUUAUUAAUUCAUGAUUGAUUUAAUCGGCAACAAAACACUCCAAAUUUGUUUAUUCAAGGCCAGGAUUUGUCAUUAUUUGCAUUCUUCAGAGGAGUGUGUCUUUUUGUGAGUUUCUGAAAGUCAAACUGAUUCGCCGUUGAUGUACUCAGGGCUCUACAGUGAUCCUGUUUUAUGAGCAUUUGUCCUGAAAGUUGAUGUGUGCUAACCCCCACCCCCCGAACUGGAAUAAGCAGAUUAGACAAUGGAUGGACCUACACUCAAGUAUUUCAUACAGUUCUAAGAUUCAUUCGGCUAUCCAUCUGAAAUAAAUUACCAAUUCAAGUGUG